AUGUCUGUCAUAUCCUUCAUCGAGAGUGAAGAAGAUGUGGAUAAGUGUCACCUGUCAGGAGCAGAGCACAGUAUUGACAGUGAAGCUGAAUACAGGGACAACUACUGGGAGGAUGAGGAUGAUAUCUACCAAGAGUUUGAGGAACUGGACUUUGACGCUUUGCUAGAUCACACUGAUACCCCGAGCGUCACCUUGGGAGAUUCCUUCUACCACCCAGACACUUCAGCUCUGUCUCAUCUAUAUCGCUUCAUGUCCCCUGAGCCAAAACCCAUCUCCUUCUUCAAGGCCUGCUGCAAUAACAACUCUGUCAUCAUCAAGUUUAUGAUCAGACAAGGAGUGACCGAAGAGGAAGUGCAAGAGACGGAUAGGAACAACAGAUCAGGUCUGAUUGUGGCGUGCUACCAUGGCUAUGUAGACGUGGUCAUCGCCCUCUCUCAGUGCCCAUACAUCGACGUCAACUGGCAGGACAAUGAGGGCAACACAGCUCUGAUUACCGCGGCGCAAGCAGGUCAUGUGAUCAUCUCUAACUACUUGCUGAACUACUUCCCCUGGCUGGACAUCGAGAGGAAGAACUGUCACGGUUUUACAGCCUUAAUGAAAGCUGCCAUGCAGGGCCGUGCCGACUGUGUCAGGGCCAUCAUGAUGGCUGGAGCAAAUGUGGAAGCACGGGACUAUGGUCGCCACUUGACACCCAGGGAGUGGGCCCUCUUCACGGGUCGGUAUGACACAGCCCACCUGAUGGAUCGGCUGAUGAUGAAUCCCUGUGCUGAGCAGUUUUGUGACACCUUCUGUCUGGAGUGGCCCAUGCUACAGGAAUUGGUGACCCAGUCCCAAAAUCCAAAGUCCUGUUGGAAUCGUUUCUCCAAACGCAUCUCCUGCUGUCCUUAUAAAUUUUACAUCAACAACAGGGUAAAUUUUGUGUAUGAGGGGGUUCUUGACCACAUGGUCCGGGUCACUACCAGUAUCUUCAGCCCGUUCAUUGCUACAGCUUGCCACACGGUGUGUCCAGGUAGUCCACCAUGCAUUGGGAAGCGUCGCCUUGCAGUGCAGGAGAUCUUAAGGAGACAACAAAUUUCUGAGCUGAAGCGUCUCAGACCAGAUAGAGUGAACAACUAUCAGAGAUUUUUCCAGAACUCACAGGCCGUUUUCAUCCCAAAGACAAAGGAUUGGAGGGUGAGUCUUCAGCCUCAGCUGCUGAGUGAAAUGGCCACGGCAUCUGCAACGGCAAUGAGACGAGCAAGUCUCUUGUCGCUGACUAUGCUAAGAAGGAGCAACAUGCAACCAGGUAUUAUAGUGCCCACAGUGAGACUCUACAAGGCUCCGGCUCCAAGUUUCACACCAGAAAAUCUCAAAAGGAGCAGAAACCACAACCAACUCCAGAUCCCAAAUUGACAUUAUAAGUCAAAGAUAGAGGAGGGGAGGCAGCAGGAGGAAGAAAAAGUGGCCAUUUUGUCAAGAAGGAGGUGAAGACAAUGUCUGACUGCUGCAAAGACCUGGAAUGUUUAACUUGGUGUGCAUCACAUGGCCCUUAUGGUACACUCUGCUGCUACUCCAAAUAAAUGAAUUUGUGUGAA